AUGCCGAAAAUGCGCUUGGAGAACAUCAGGAGGAACCAGGAAGCAAUGAGGAUGUUCGAGUUGCCUGAGGCCGUCUCUGCAGUCGGAACCUCCCGCGCUGACAGAAACAAGCGACCUGCACCUACACCCGGUCUAAAGAAGGAGAAGCGAGUUAAGCGUACGGAUGUCUUGCCAAGGAGGACAUCCAGUCGUCUCGCCAACAUCGCUCCUGAUAGUACGCCUUCACGGAGAACAGUUGAACCAGUGGCAGACCCAGAGCAGAUCAGGAGGACGCGCAGAAAUGGGACACUGUCGCUCAAGGAGACUAGCAACGGACAUGGCAACGACGACAGGUUUUCACAGCUGAUGGAGGAACUCGCAACAUAUGUCCCCGAUAAGGCCCGCGUCAAGGAUUUGGAGGAUCUGAGUGAUGAUGAUUCAGCAACCAUCGUCAAGAAGGAGCCCGAGGUGGACGAGAAGACUGUCAAGAAAGAGGCCAAGAAGGAAGUCAAAGAAGAGGAGAAAGAUAACAACACCAACGUCAAGAAGGAAGAGGCUGACGACAUGGUCAAGAAGGAAGAGACUGAAAGCAAGGACACCAAAGUUGGCAUCAGGAAAUACUUCAGCAGAUCGUCAGCUACAAACGCCACCACCCCUACCGCAAAGACACCGGAUACAAAGGCGAAAGCAGGAUCGGCAGCGAAGGAUACGACAAAGGCCAGUCUUCCCAAGUCUGAGGACGCAGACAACAAGCCUAUGUCGUCAUCUAACAGCAUGGGACCUUCCUUACGGCGACAAGUCCAGGCGCUCCAGAUUCGAGGACCAUGGCCCACCGUCAAGGUCUGUCAGGGACGCAUCUACUGCAUGGCGAUUCACGAGAACAGGGACAAGAUCCUGGUUUGCGGUGGAGAUGUGGAUGGCAACCUCGGAUUUUGGGAUCUUGACGAAUCGCAGGCGGAUGAUUAUGAACCCGAUGUGGAGGAGGAACCCAACAUCUACAACUACAAGGCCCAUAGCAGGACCUUGUCCAGUAUGCAGUACUCUCCCACUGAGCCCAACAAGUUAUUUUCGACUUCUUACGAUGGCUCUGUUCGGUAUCUGGAUCUUGUUCAGCAAAAGUUCAUCGAGUCCUAUGUCGUCGCCCCCGACGCGUCCGACCAUCUCGGCUCCGUUUCGAUCACCUCUUCAGGACAACAACUCUGGUUUGCUGAUGUCGACGGAGGUGUGACCCUCAAGGAUAUCCGGACACCCAAGGACGAGAUGGUCUUCCGCAAAGUUCUUCACGAGAAGAAGGUUGGAUGUGUCAACGUCAACCCCAAGUACGACAACCUUAUUGUUACUUCCUCGCUUGAUCGGACCAUGAAGAUCUGGGAUAUCAGGACUUUUGGACAGUACAAGGAGGAUGAGGCCAUUGUCGAGAUGGCUUCUUUUGAUCACCGCCUCAGUGUAACCAGUGCCAUGUGGAGCCCCGAUGGUGCAAGUAUUGCAAGCACCUCGUAUGACGACAAUGUCAGGAUCUUCAACAACUUUGAACCCUCCCUCCCCGACUUCAAAGAGAUCCCAGAACCCGUUCGCAUCCCACACAACAACCAGACUGGCCGAUGGGUCACUAUGUUGCGCGCCGUGUGGUCACACCAGUUCAACUGGUUCUCAAUCGGAAACAUGAACAAGUCCGUGGAUAUCUACUCUCGAGGCACGGGCGACUUGAUGGCCAAUUUGUACGAUCGCCGUAACUUGACGACCGUUCCCGCAGUCAAUGCCUGGCAUCCAAACCGUGUUCUCCUCGCCAGUGGAAUGGCUAAUGGCAAGAUGGUUAUCUGGCGGUAG